AAAUAUUGUAACUUUUUCCGUCACUUUAUUUCACGACCGCGUUUAAUUACCCCGCGAAAAUUUCGAACGAGUGAUUCCGCGGCGUUAUUAAAAUAUGUGUACCGCGUCGGGGAGUGACAAAAAGAGAUACGAAAAAAUGUCAUCAACGUUCGGCGCAGCUACGAGAUCAUUUAUGACGAUUCGUUAAUUUUUUUCAACCGAUUCGUCAACACGGUGAUAAAAGUCUGUGAAAAAGAUAGUGGGACGAGAAAAAAAAAAAAAAAAAAACGAUGAUCAGAUGCCAUUCUGACCCCUGAAUUAAACUUGUAACGCCGAAUCGAGUGGAUGAGAUAAAUACGUGCAUUUUAAUCUUACUUGCGCAAAACUAGGUCGAAGUUUGUUCGUCCGAAUCUUCAUUUCAGUGAGAUCGCCGCCGGCAUUCGGGCCCGGCAGAUCGAUAAGUAUAUAUAUUAUUAUUUUCACCGAAGCUGUUGGAAUUGAAGAAUGAUAAGUCGGGAAAAAUUUCAUCCCCUUUAGAGUCGCGGAACAUGUAAUAAUAAUGAUGAUGAUAAUAAUACGGGUGGAGUGAAGAAAUGUGAAUGUCGCAGUGCAGUGUGAAGUAUUUGAGAAAUUUACACUUCCGAAUUUUAAUUCUAUUUUAAUUUGUCAUUGCAAAGUGGUGAUACAAUAGAAAAAAAAGGAUUCAAGAACGAAAUAAGACGAGAUGUUGAAAUUUUGUUCACCGGGCGGAAGACGUCGUAACGCAUCGGUAAAUCCGGGCAGCAAAGCGGCGCAGCAGGGCGUCAGAGAAGGUGACUUGAUAAGCAGUAUCAACGGAAAAUUAACACGAAAUCUCACAAACAGCGAAUCUCACGAUCUCCUUCGGGGUGCUGGUGAACAACUGACCCUCGGAUUGAACCAGGAAGGACAAAUUGGCUCGCCCAAGAGACGGAUAUACAAAAGCAGUCUGCAGGAAAACACGUCAACGGAAACUCUGAAAAAAAUCACCACGAAAACCAUCAGCUCGAACACUCGCCUGGUCCAGCAGACGUCCGAACAGAAGAUCAACGGAUCCGAUGAUACGAGAAAUGAUAGAAGUUACGUCGGUCAAAACGGUGGUCUGAAAACAUCGACGGAUCAAAGCAACGGGGAAGUGAAAAGCGCAGAGGAUUACGAAGCUCUGGACUACGCGACCGACGCUGAAGACGCAUUUUCGACGAUGCCGCAUAACGCGCGUGCUAGGAAAAACCGACGAAAUCGUCAACGGAAACGUUUUCAAGCUGCGACGACGGACAAGUGUCCCGCGAGCGACGAGACCUCCUCAGAGGUCGCUCCGCCCAACGAAAUAAACGAAAACUGUAACGGCGCCCACGUUGGCGAAGGUCAAGACGCCGUUCUCAACUCUGAAAAUGAAAACGACGAAAGUGUCGUCGCGCCGACGAGGCUAAACGGAAACGAGGAGGACGCCACCUCCGAGAAUUUGGACUCGGAAAAGGACGACGUUGUUUACGAGAGCAUAAAUUUCUCGAAAAGGAAACCGAAGAAUCGUUGCAGAAUAGAGAAGAAGGCGUUGGACACGGAGAUCAGAAUCUGCGAGAUAACCACCAUCCGCAAUCUUCCCUGCGAAGCUAAAGUCGAUCACAUACCCGGUGUGGGAAUUUUGGAGACCGGGAGCACCAAGGCCGUCGAACCCUUUGUGACCGUCGACGAACCCGUCGAACCUCUUUCGAAAACCGUUGCCUCGGCUGUCGCCUUGGCGUUGUUGAAGAAAAACAACAGCCUCGACAUCCACGAGGUCAGCGACAGCGACGUCGAACCGGACAACAGCAAGGUUAUCGUCGUCGAGGUGGAAUCCGACGUCGAAAAGGAACCCGUCGGCGAAAUCGUUGAUCUCGACGAAGAAAAUACCACCCUGACGCAAUCCGAGGUCGUUGAAGAGGACGCGACUUUAGAGAAAUAUUACGAAGAUUUGAGGAGGAAAAGAGAGAAGGUCAAGGAUGAGGAGAAAACGGUAAGAUCCGACGAAGAAUCGCUUCUGACGGCUGAAGAGCAGGAGCUACUGAAACCAGAGCCACCGAUGUCGAAAGAAGUUGAAGAAAAGCUGCGUUGUUUCAUCGAAGGUCUGAAACUCCCUGCAUCUCCCGAAGAAGCGAGAGACGAUUGUCAGAAGGCUGAGGACGAACGAACCAAAGCGGAAAGCAAGGCGGCUAAGAAAGCAAAGAAACGCGCCAUUUUGGAGUCGUAUUUUUCGCAGACCCAAGCAGCGAACCGAUUCCUCGGUAUAAUUCAAGAGGAAGGUGAAAAAUUAUCGGAGGAUGACGAGCAACAUAUACGGGACUUCAUCAACGAAGAGAUAAGCAAGUACCGAAGGGAGGAGCGAAAGUUGCGGGAGAACGCGGAUCACGAAGAGCUCGAGGAAUUCAGGAAAAGUCACAUCAGCGUCAGAAUCGAAGGGCCCGAUUUGGUCUUCCUGAAAGAAAGCUCGGACUCGCCGACUACCAACGAAAACGAAAUCACACCUCGGGAAGAAAACGUCUACGAAAGUAUCGAGUUCAAAAACCAAAACCCCUCGAAUUCCGACGUCGUCAAAGUCACGACCUCCGUCAAGGAGCUACCGGUUCUCGAGGACGUACAACGUCGAAACUUGGCGUCCAACCACGUCAAUGCGCGGGAUUCCGAAAGCAGGCAUCCCCCGGAUCCACCGAAACGUUCGUCGAGUUUCAACAACGACGUUGAACCUCAGCGACCACCGACACCACCGGAAAUAGACUAUCUCAACGUUCUUCCAGAGGUGCCACCUCUUCCGCACGGCGUGAAUUCGACCGGACAGAAAAUACCACCGGUACCACCGAUCCGCAGGAAAAGUGUGCACUUCGCCGAAGAAGACGAGAUGAUUCUCAUCCCGGAACGGCCUCCCCCCGCGGUCCGGGAGGAAGAGAGCUUCUUCCGCGAAAGCGGAUGCAUCGCGGACUCGAUCUACGAAAACGUAAAUCUCACCAGAAGCACUUGCAAACACCCGCCGGACGGUUCUUCGAGAAGCGAUGUGGGGCGUAACCUGCACACCGUUAGAAUAUGCCAGUCUAACGUUAAGACGGAAGAGAACACGGUCGACUUCAUUAAAACAUUGUUGACAAUUUUGACGCAACGAAACACGACGUACCAGGACGUCCAGGGCUUUUUGUCGGGCUUCGACCUCGGUGUUCUGCCGAAGAAUAUCAGAGACAUAAUCGACGAACUGAUGGAACCCAGUUCACGUGCGUCGAGCGAAAGUGACAGUACAGAGUUGCGUAAUGCUUCGGAUUUCGUUUCCGAAAAUAUUGGCGGGUCGAGGAAUGACGCCACCCCUGAAACGGCGCAUGACCGAGGUGACGAAAAUCCGAGAGAAUUGCCAAAUUCUACCCACACAUUGUUCGAAGUACCCGACGGCGCCGUGGCCCGUACGGAGAGUAACGUCAGCGAGUCCCGUCCUAGUCUCGAUGAAGAGUUUCUGAAGGAAUUUUCAUCCAGAAGUGAACGUAGCGCGACGUCUAGUACGACCGCCCAGGAAGCGGCUGUCAUUGAAGCGAGGGAAAAAAGGGAACGGAUAACGACCGAAAUUGACGCGUUUACGGCGGAUGCCGCGCGACUUUGCCCCGUUAAAAAUAACCAAAGUGAAAACACGUUGGAUCAGCGUGAGAAUAAUAGCGAGAAGCACAAGUUGGAGGAGGCGUUGUGCUCUACGAACGCCCUGAGUCCGGCGGAAUUGAUAGACCAAGAUUCGUCCAGCAGUGCGGCAUCUUUGAGCACGGCCAAGUACAACCCCGAAAGUUCGUCGUUGACCGACAUAAACUCCGUCAUUCACGAGGACGAGAAAACGACCACGGAUUCCCCGCAGCCCAAACGUAAACUGAAACUCCUCAACGAAAACGGGGAUCAAAAGACCGACGGAAAGGAGGACCAAGAUUCCCCCCAGCCUAUACCCUACUCUCCGGUGGAGGACUUCUACUACCCCACUUUUGACGAAUCGGAGGGAUUCGACAAUUUGGUCGACGCUAAGCCCGACUUGCUCAAAGAUUUGUGCAUCAAAAAAAUACUUUCUCUACCGUACGGCGAGCAGAUCAUCAACGAGAUAACCCUCCCGAAGUUCAACAUAUUCAAGAACCUCCAGACGAUUCAAGAGUCCGUCAAUCUGAUCCCCGAAGGGCAAACGAGAAAUUCCAAGGGUCCGAAAUCGAACGACGGCAGUUCUGAUCCGAAAACAGCCGACACCGAAGGACCAAGCUCCGAGGAGAUGAGCGAGCGAAGACCUCGGACUUGGAUGGGCGUCCAGACCAGAGAAGACCCGCAAGUCUUCGUCUGCCUCUCGCCGUCGCAGCAGACCAAGAAAAGCCCGACCAUCAGCGCCGACAACCUGCUCGAUCUCCACAAAAAGUUCAUCGAACGUCGCGGCUACCACGAGUCGGAGAAACGCGAUGAAAAAAUCCUAGAAACGUACCGAAUGGAGGUGCGCAAAGAGGAUGAAAAUCUUGGCUCCCUCUUGCGAUCUGUGGGUGUGGAAGAUGAUGCUAGAAACGACGGUCGGUCGUCACGCUGGAGUGGGGAUUGGCACAUUCCGAUGCCUAGCAAUCGUCUCUUGGAAAUUAUAAAAGAAAACUCAGUAGCCUCGCACGUCGGUGGUUCGGGUACGUCGUCCAAGAUAGAGGGUAUCGUACCGCGGAGUAAGGACGCGAUACACGACUAUUAUUGCGGUUCGAAGUGCACCGGGUCUUCGCGUAACGCGAACGGUGUUAACGGGAAAAAUUGCGCCACCAUAACGCGCGUUCCCUCGUUGGAAGAAAAUCAGGAGCGUUUGAGGGCCACUCGACUGUCCGAUUGGUUAAACUUGGCGAGACGCAACUCGGUCGAUGAUACGAAUAACGCCCCGAAGAUGAGUGGUGAUUUAUUAAUAGAGGAAUCCAACAGGCGCAAAUAUGAAACCACUGAUAAGUUCGCCGCCACUGGUAACACUCGACCAGUAAACAACGAGGCGUGGGGCGGCUGCCGCGCCGCGCACCCAGAGAUAUCUGGUUCGGUGAAUGUUUCGAACGGUGCGACCGACGUGGAAAUCAGCGUGGAACAACGUGCCGAGAAAAUAAGCAGAGUGGCUACCCGGAAAAUCUCCGAAUCGUCGGCCAACGGUACGAAAAACGUCGAACAAGUUCACUACGUGAACAGCGCGCUCAUAGACUGUUCGGGCGACCACCCCAUCGCGCCCGUUUCCAGAUCCGCAACGCCCUUCAGCAAAAAUCCCAUAUCGUGCAACAGUGCUAUAAUCGAUAAAUCGGGGACGGGCGUUGAAUUCGAAAGGAGGACGCCGAUCCCGAAGAAGAACGAUGCCGGAAAGCACGUGAACGUUAAUUCGGCGUUGAUAAACGACAGGCCAGAGGUACCGCCGAAAAUGAAGAGAUCCGUGAACGUCGACAGAUCGUGCAUCGACACGACGAGUAUCUUUGACAAAGAACCGCCGCGAAAUCAUCUGCAAAGAAGGCGUCAUCAGGAGGGCGACAGGAUGAAGCAAUGCACGGCUGUGGAAAUCAUGGAGAAUCUCAAACAGCUUCAAUCCGAUAUGAAACAGCAGAUGGACGAUAGGAGGAGGUUCUCCUUGCCGCAGGAAUAUUUUGACAAGCAAUUGAGCUACAUCGAACAGCUCGAGGAUCAGCUGAAGAACGUCAUCAUCGCCGAGGAAGAGGAGCAGAAGGCGUACGAGGAAGUCGUCAACCACGUGGACAAAUUGAAACCGAGACCCCACAGCAUCAUAGGCGGGCCCUCCGUCAACUUUAGGGACUUGAAAUCGACGCCUGAAACUUCACGCGACGCCUGGUCCUCCAAGGACCGUCAAAACGACGAGAACGGGUACAAGCACAGAGAUGUUUGGCACGAGGAGUCCAAAAAUAUCACCAAAGACAGAUCGGAGUACGUGAAGAAAGACGGUUGUCACGAGGAGUCCAAACGUGUAUCGAAAGAAAACGGUUGUAGAACUGAAGAAUCGAAGAGCUCCGAAAGUAGAGAGGAAAGAUACGUGAUAUCGAAGAGAGGGGACCUGAUAGAGAGGGUGCAGCCGAGAUUGAAUCCUUUUAGGACGGACAGGCCCAAAUCUACGAUAUCGGCGGUGGCGACCAGCGGCGAAAAGUUUCGCGAACAGAUGUACAACGAGUAUGUUAAUAAAGUUCAGGAACGAGAGGACCGCAAGCAGCACAAAGUUAUAAAAAUAAGUUCUCACAAGGACGUCGGCAGGCGAGAGAACGAAAAAAUCGGUAAACUCAGGGGAGGAAGUAUAGAGAAGGAGUUCAUCGCACGUGCGAAAAAUAGGCUCGACAAGUUCGGCAUAAAGCUCGACGAGAGCGAGUCCGAGGUCGAAGGUCAAUCCGGCGACAAGGUCAAGAGCGAUGAACCGAAAUACGUAAUCGACGGCGACCAGGUGAUCGAUGUCAGGACCUUGCCGAAACAUCUACAGGAGUUCUUGAGGCUCGCCUCGCAGGACGACGACGAAAACAACAUGUUCGCUCCUACUUUCAAAGCGACCGCAACGAAACCAGGAGUCUGGUCGCCAGGAAGCGAACCGCCUCCAGCACCGAAACAGCCGAGUCCGGAUCGUGGCAAGGAGGGCGACGCCUCUGAGAAGGAUGCUGGAAUACCUCCCGUCUGGACCCCAACCAGCGCAACCACCAGCCCCGUUGUUGAACGCAAAGAGUUUCGUCCAGUUCCCUUUGAGAGUCCUGUUCUGAGUAGGAAGAACAAGGUUCAAGCUCAGUCUUCGACGGAAGAGGCUCCUCCGCCUUGGGAGGGUGAGGAGUACAAGAAGGAAGCGAGUCAGAUUCUUUCGCAAACGAUAACAACUCGCAUCGUUAAUUCUCAUUCAGCGCCGAGUCAAGGGUUGAACACGUUGGCCAGCCCCCCUCGACUACCCAGAGCUCAAAAUCCGACGAUCACGCUACUCCAAAAGGCCAGAGAGGGACAAUUACCCAAGGGGGCUGCUUAUUUGGAAGAGGUUAAUCAUGGCGCAGCGCAGAGUAAAAACGACGAGAAACCGAUAAUCAGUCCGGGAGAAAUAAUAUACACCGUUAAAAAAGAAUACGAAAGUGAACCGGAAUCAGAAAAUAUUCGGCCGAAGAAAAUGGCGGACCUCGGCCCAAGAAAGUUCGAGGGAAUUGGUCCGAUAACCAAAGAGGGAAUUCCUCUGGUCUUGAGAUCGGAAGUCAAGGAGAACAAUCAAGCCAAAUGGUACAAAAAAAUGUACGACUCAUUACAUCGCGCCGAACAUGACGACGACUACAUUACGAUUCGGUACAAACCACGAAGAGGGACCAGAUACGGCUACGGAAGUGCCAGUGGUUAUCUCAGCGAACCGGAACCACGUGGUAACGUUGAAAAAAGUGCAACCCUCGACAGUCGUCGUAGACAGAGGAACAAGGAAAAUGAUUUUUCGACUUCGACUAUCCCGAGAAAAAACGGAUCAUCUGUUAAGCCCACAACUGAAAUUUAUCGGAAUCAACCAGGUCGCAUAGAAGAUUACGAACCAGGGCGAUCGUCGAUAGCUGACAAAGAAACUAAAGAGUGGUGGGACGAGGUCAUGGACAUAUUUGACGGGUGGUUGGACGAAAACGUGAGCCCUCGAGAGCGCGCAUUGAGCGAGAUAACGAGCCGAGAUCAUCGUCGUCUGUCGGAAUCUUCUCGCGGUCAACCCGGUCUAAGUCUUUCCUACAUGCAGGGGAUAUGCCCGAAACGAUCUUCGGAUAUUAACGUCGACGUUAAAAGUCCGUUCGAACAGCACAGUACCCAUACUGCGAAACCCUACAUGUCCCAUGCCCUGAAAGAAUCUGGCUACGAGAGUGACUCUACUCUGGUCUUCCGUCGACGCGAAGACGCCAGCCCUCUGAGUCCCUUGGAACAAAGACUAGCUUACAAAACUGUCCAACGUGGAGGUGACGUCCCUCUACACGGCCUUCGUAAACCAGCCCCAGAACGUCCGAAGGAGUACGACACCGCACCCCCGCCGCCGCCAAAAGCUCCACACUACAAAGGCGAUCGCCAAGAGUCGCCCAGACGAUAUGUGGAGGGUGAGGUGACCAUUCAUUACCGUUCACCAGUUCGCACAGAGGCCAAAGAAGUCCUUACGGAAGCGGAAUUGGCGCGAAGGAGCGCCGAAAACAUGCGACGAGUUUAUCAGGAGGAAAGACGGCGCAAAUAUUUGCAGGAGUUACACGACAUCGACUCUCGUCGUCACACCGAUAAUUUCACGCCCUCCCAAAAAUCGCCGAUCCCGUUGAAUCGAUACGACGAUUUCGUCGAUGAUCUUAGCCACAGAAGUCGCUCGCAGGAGCAAACGCCCGAGCCUCGUCUGGUCGCGAAAGCGCUUUAUAAUUUCGUUGGGCAAUCGUCGCGCGAACUUACUUUCCGAAGAGGUGAUAUUAUCUUCGUACGACGUCAGGUAGACAAGAAUUGGUACGAGGGCGAGCACAACGCCAUGAUCGGUCUGUUUCCAUUCAACUACGUCGAGAUCCUUCCGUACGAUGGGAUCAGAACAACAACGCCCAAAAAACCGUACGAAGGACAGGCCAGAGCGAAGUUUAAUUUCGUCGCACAGACUACCCACGAAUUGUCGCUAGUCAAAGGGGAUCUCGUCGUCCUGACGCGAAGGGUCGAUCAAAAUUGGUACGAGGGUAGAAUCGGGAACAGGAAGGGAAUCUUCCCGAUUUCUUACGUCGAGGUACUCGUUGAGCCAGGAGUCAUCAGAUCGGAAACCCCAGCCCAGAAUAAGCCGGUCGCAGCCCCAGCGGCGCACAGUCUAUUAUCAAACGGCUCAGCUGGUGGAAAACUUAGCAUGGGUCCCCAUCAUUACACGCCGUCUAUUCCGACGAACACCAACGCAGCUCAGGCCCAUUACAAUUCACUGCCUCGCAUGGGUGGAACCAAAUUACACGUGGCUCCGGUGAAUGAAACUCUUCAUAUCGAUACCCACUCUGAACCCCUUCGAUACCGAGCCCUGUACAACUACAGGCCGCAAAAUGACGACGAAUUAGAAUUAAGGGAAGGCGACUCGGUCUACGUGAUGGAAAAAUGUGACGACGGAUGGUUCGUAGGAUCGAGUCAAAGAACGGGAUGCUUUGGAACAUUUCCCGGCAAUUACGUUGAGCGAUUGUGAGAACGGGAGGUACCGACGAUGAGAAAAAAAAAAUUACAAAAAUGAAAAAAUGGCGGAUUAAACCGCUGGAAAAAAGUAACUAAUAAUUAUGAUAAUGUAACAACACAGUACGUCUAAUUAAUUUCAACGCCGAAUACAUAUUACAAUCAUUUCGAUUAUUAUUUCUUUAUUUUCGUCUUGUUUUCAUAUAGAAUCGCGUGUGCUCGAGAUCAGAAAUCUUGUUAAUUUAGUCUUCCCCUAAUUUACCUAACCGCAUGAAUUUGAAAUCACGACAUCAAUCGUACAUAGAUUAUACAUAAAGCUCGUUAGCGUUAUAAGCAUAACGGCGAAUUGCACAUACGAAUACUCGAUUAUCGCGUAAUAUACAUAAAUAUAGAAUAAUAUAUAUAAAUAUUCGAAUCAUUGUACUACUAAAACGUCAUGAAGGAAAGAAGAAAAUGAAGUUGCAUCUACCAAAAAUAAAGUAGACGGUAAAAUAAGUAUAACAAAUACAUAAAAUAUGUAUAACUAAAUAUGUAAGGUAACAUUAAAUGUGUAAGUAGUGUAUAAUAACAAUAUAGUAAUUUAUUAAUACGAAAUACUUAUAAAAUAAAAUUUCUAUAUGACUGUGAAAUUACGAUCUACAGUGUUAAUUCAUCGUUGAUAGAUUUUCUGUUUUCACAAAUAUAUAUGAUCAUAUGCCUAUAGCGGAAAAACGAAAUAUACGAUAAGUUAAAUGAAACUACAAACAGAAGAAGACGAAAAAAUAAUAAUUAUUGCAACAAAAUCAUUGUUAUAGUUAAAAUUUUACACCUGCAAUUGUCAAACCUUGCGUGUUCCCACCAAUAUUUCGAUCACAAGUUGCUAGAUCAAUCGGUAAACCAAUGAAGUAUAAAUUAAGCUCUUAGAAAAUCGUAAAUCUUCGAUGAUAGUUUUGAUUCAGUUUUACGCGUCACAAAUAAAUAGGAGCUUUCGAAGACUCGCUGUAUCAAUAGAAAAAAUAAUUCAUCAUCGACGAUAGUUUAUUUAAUUCUACUAGAGUUGAAUUAAUGUAUAUUAAUCGUAAAAUGUUGACGUAAGUUAUACGAAGAUAAAAUAUUUGCUAUUUGCUGUACAAGAAAAUAAAGUAAGAUCACGACUAACGAUCAUCGGAAUCACAAAGUUCAACUGCGCGUUUGAUAAAUAAUAUGAACGUGCCUACGUCAUGAUGAUUCGACGUCAAUGAAAAAAAUGAUAAUCAUAAUUAUUAAAUUUUUCAUGUCCGAAAAGUUUUUUUACGAUUAAAUGUCAUUUGAGUCACUCAAAUUGUAACAGCCGUUUUUCAAACCGAAAAAUAUUAAGGCUAAACUGUGUUAAGAAUGAUUUUGAUCAAAAUAAUUGAAACAAAAAAGUUUAUACUUAAUUGAGCCUAAAUUAUUCGGACAUAGAUCUUUGGUACGAACGUAAAUUUAUACUACAUAUUAUACACGAUUAUGAUUGAAAAUUUGCCUUCCCAAAUUCAUAUUUUUGUAAAGAUUAUUUAUAUUUAGAGUUAUAGUAUGACUUGAGAACCUAUAUAUAACAUUAUGUAUAAAUAUAUAUUAUAUAUAUACACGUAGAAUAAUUAUCACCUAUUACAUUUUAUGCGUAGCAUGUGGAGGUAACGAUGCGGAUAAAAAUUUGACGUACCAAACAGAUUUGAAAAAAAAAAAACGCCGUACCCAAAAUAUCAUUCAACAUUUCAUCGAUCUUAUUAUCAAUGAUAAUCGGAUACUCAAAGUACACAGUGUAAUUACAAGACAGAAACAAAUCACAUGACAUUAAAUGUAAACUAAAAAUUACAGUGUAAUAUGAUAAUCACCAUCCUAACGAUAAUAGGUACAUAGAAAUUUGCCUAAUAGAAAUUAGAAGGAUGAAAAGGAUAAUAUUGAAAACUAAUUAGCAUCAUUAUCAUUUAUACAUAACAUAUCACAUGCACACCAGUUGUCCAUGUGAUGUAAAGAAAUACGCGGUUCAAAAUCAGACAAUACUAAUGAUAAAAACUAUAAAUUCAUUAAUAUAAUUAUAUUAUAGUACACAUACGAGUAUAAGAAAUGAUCGAAGAAGCGCUAACGUAGAUAAUUAAUUGUGCAGGAAAAGAGUGGGGAAUCUUGUACAAAUCUUUGGACAAGCUUCUGGCCGGUUACUAAUUAAUCGUACUGACCCAAAAGCUGUGUACAUUACACACUAACAUAUCUGGCGAUAAUUAUAUAUCAGUUACAUCUCAUUCGCAUAUGUAAACAGCCUAAAACACGUGUGGAUUCGAACGGACCCGCUGUUCUACCAGAAAAAGAUAAUCUUGUUAAAUUAUGAUUGCAAUCGUCGUCGAUCCUUUUGCGUACAUCUAGUUUUUUUUUUCUUUUUUCGCCUAAUGUUUUCGAUUGACAAAAUUUACUACCUUUACCUCUGUUGCUCCGUUAAAUAAUAUAGCCGCGUUAUCGCAUGUUGGAUUCUUUAAUAUUAAAUUUAUGAUUACCUUGUAAUACAAUUAGCGCUAAUGACGUCACUAUAAUAUGCAUUGUACACUUGAUAUAUGAAUAAAAUCCUAGUCUAUUA